AUGUUGCUCAAGGGCCAGGAGAACAAGUCUAAGGAGCUGCUGAGACCACUAUGUAAGGACCAGGAAGCCGCUUCACAGGUGGAAAUCCAAUGGAACGACCAGCAUUGGUCUUACCUGCUGCUAGAAGUGUGCUUUCGGGUGUUGGCUACCUCAGAGGAAAUGAAUAUAGAGCAACUCUUCCAGCUUCUCUUGAAGUAUGUGGAGCAACACAAAUCUGAAUGUAUUGUUCGGGUCAAACCUGAUCUGCAUCACAUCAGAGAAGCAGCUAAUGCGAUACACCAAGCUGUGAUUGCAAACCUUGGGGAGUGGAUGCUAUUCACAAUCAUGGUGGAACCUGAGUUCAGCGCCGCCAUCAUCACAGACUGCAUCCUGAAAAGGGUAAGCAUGCCACAACAAAUAGGCUUUAUCCAGGAAAGAGCCUCAUUGGAGUCUUUUGAUGAGACCAACACAUCUCUAAAAUCAGAGACAGCACACAAGACACCAGACAUGGUGUACAGGGCGUGGUUGGACUAUAAAGCGAGAAAGAAAGCCCCCUCACCAGAAGAAUACAUACCAGCUGAGCAAAGGGCUGCCACACAGGACCAUGAAGACUUCAUGUGGAGUAAUUCUGACUGGUCCAACCUGGUGUUUGAGUUGUCUGCUCUGGUGUUUGGCACCAGAAACCCACAUAAACUGGCAGAGUGUUCCAUGUUGCUCUUUGGACAUGUGCAGACAUUUAAGGAUAGGUGCAAUGUUCGUAUGAAACCUGAUGAACACAACAUUGAGGACGUGGCAAAUCAAAUUUACAAAGACCUGCGCCAAAUUUAUUCCAAAAAGGCACUGCGUUUGAUAGCCUUUUCCGACCCACACAUCAUCACAGCGGGCAUCCCCAAACAACUAGAGAGGAUCCCUAAGAAGCGUACACUAGGCACUGUCCUGAGACCUCCUCUGGCUCAUAAACCUUUGCCCUCACGAGUCGCGGGAAUGGCCACCCUCCCAGUGGUCCUGCUCCUCUGCGCUUUCCACGUGUUCACAGCUGGGGCCCAGACCGAGAGCACAGAGGCUCCUGGGUCCUUACCUUCAGACUGCAGGGAGGAGAUGUAUCCCUGCACCAGGAUGUACUCUGUUCAUCGGCCGGCCAAGAAAUGCAUCGGAGGUUUCUGUCUCUACAGCCUGUCGCGCAUGUACGUGAUCAACAAUGAGAUCUGCACCAGGACUGUGUGCGCACAAGACGAGUACAUGAAAGAACUAAAGCAGAUCAGCGGCAGCGGCUUGUGUGAAGGUCGUACAAAUAUACUGAAGAUCAUGUCUCUGCCCAAGCCUGUGAUGAGGGGCCUGUUGGGGAAACGGCUGAGGUUUCAUCUGCCCAUCGCCUUUACGCUUUCUCUGGUUGCUGCCAUUGCGUUCAAGUACACAGUGACGGAGCCAAGGAAAAAGGCGUAUGCUGAUUUCUACAAACAAGUAAACGAGCUCCUCAUCCCUGUUCAUUCCUUGUUUGAAAGAAGUUCCUACAGCGCACACGCCGCUCUCCUUCCUGGUUUUGUCAAGUGGAUGCAGUCUGACCCAAACAAGUCUGAAGUUGUCCUUAUCCGAGACAAAGAUGAGUCCUUUAGAGAGGACAAUGCAUCCGGGACAGAUCUUCACCACAUGCAUACGCGGAAAGAAAAGGACAAAUGGUUAAAAUUGUGGUGA